AGGAUUAUAUAAUUAGAGGUUGUGGCAAAUACUCAAUUUCUUUGAAUAAGCUGGAUACAUAUGAUUCGUAGGAAUGUCAUCCAGGCCUGUCAGAUUCGCAAUGUACUUCUCACCCUCUUCAUUCUCCAGAACCAACUUACCUGUCAAUAGAUGGCCAACUGAUGGAGUGCUUAUUGGACUAUAUCACCUAUGUCAGACCGGUAUAUUUUUUUGACAAGAUCUGGUGAGCCUAUGACAGAUUCAGUGGUUUCAAAUUUAUGGAGGACAACUCGGAGAAGCGUGUGAAAAGAGAUCCCUGACUUCCCAACUGAGACUAACUCCCGACACCUUCGACAGAUGCACAAUGCCCUCAUUCACCUCAUGGUCUCUGAGCAGCUGAAGGGGACAGCCCAUAUUGCUGCUAACCAUUCUCGAGCUGUAAAUGAAGCUGCUUACUUGGAGUUUGCACUGGAAUCACUGAAAAACUUUGGAGCUCAGUCUCAAAGCUGGCUCAAGUUUUUUUUUGACAGUAUAAGUCCUAAGAAGAAGAAGAGGCUCCCACACGUUUCUCAGGUAUCAGAGCCAGAACCACAUGGACCGGAGGUCGCCAGUGAUCUAGGGUCAGUAGCCCCAGUAGUCCCUCAGAUAUCAGUGCCAGUACCACAUGGACCGGAGGUCGGCUGUGAUCUAGGACCAGUAGUCCCAGUAGUCCCUCAGGUAACAAGAUUUAUCUUAUUAUGA